AUGAAGAAGGAAGAGGAAGGGGAAGAAGAAGGAAGAAGAAAGAAAAGGGAAGAAGAGGAAAGAAGAAGAAGGAAGAGGAGGAGGAAGAAGAAGAAAGGGAAGAAGGGGAAGAAGAAGAGGAAGAAGAGGAAGAAGGGGAAGAAGAGGAAGAAGAGGAAGAAGAGAAAGAAGAGAAAGAAGGGGAAGAAGAGGAAGAAGAGGAAGAAGGGGAAGAAGAGGAAGAAGAGGAAGAAGAGAAAGAAGAGAAAGAAGUGGAAGAAGAGGAAGAAGGGGAAGAAGAGGAAUGUGUUGAAGAGGAAGGGGAAGAAGAAGGAAGAAGAAAGAAAAGGGAAGAAGAGGAAGAAGAAGAAGGAAGAGGAGGAGGAAGAAGAAGAAGGGGAAGAAGAAGGGGAAGAAGGGGAAGAAGAGGAAGAAGAGGAAGAAGAGGAAGAAGGGGAAGAAGGGGAAGAAGAGGAAGAAGGGGAAGAAGAGGAAGAAGAGGAAGAAGAGGAAGAAGGGGAAGAAGAGGAAGAAGUGAAGAAGAUGAAGAAGAAGAGGAAGAAGGGGAAGAAGAGGAAGAAGAAAAAGAAGGGGAAGAAGAGGAAGAAGUGA